AUGCCAGGCCCAAUUCCACUUCGCAUGCAGCAAGUGCAUCUUGGUCGAGGCGCACUUGGCCACUUGGCCAUCAACCCAACACACGAUACACCAAAAACUGUUUAUGCAGGUGAACAUGCGGCACAGGAGUCUAUUCUGCUCAAAAGAUGCCCUGGAGACAUCUGGCCAGGCGGUACAUCGUACACAUAUGGCUGCCCGCGGCCGAUCCUCAUGUACCAGCACCACCAUAAGCAAUUGAUCCUGUUUCAUGAGUCGAUCACGGUUGCUAUCGUAGAUAUUGUCAGAAGAUGGUUCGCAGAUCGAGAUGCAAGAUUCCCAGAGAGAAUGCCACUUCUCGAAGAGGAAGAGAAGUUGUUGCAGUGGAUGGAUUCGCAAGUCGCACAGGGUAACCUCGCACCUUACUCGGCAGCAACUCUCGGGUCCUGGAGACCAGACUUUCUUGUUGAGGAUGACAAGGGUUACGAAAACUUUCGUCUAACAGAGAUAAAUGCCCGCUUUUGUUUCAAUGGGUUCAUGCAUGCUAGCUACGGGCAGACAGCGCUCGACUCAAUGGGAAUGCAAAGGUCGGGACUGGUCGGUGCCGCAGACGGAGCAGAGUUUUUCAACGGACUUCUUCGACUUUUCCGACACGAUCGACCGCUUCAUCUCUUGAAAGGCGAAGAGAAAGGAAUCGACAUUGGCAUGUUUAUCCAUGCUGUUCAGUUUCGUCUCGGUAUGACUCCGCGCCUGAUCACUCCUAGUGAUUUGAGACUGGUUCCGGACCCCGAUGACCCAAAUCGCACCCUGCUCUGCUGCUUGGUCAAAUUUCCUACCACAAGUACAUCAAUGUUGAAAACACAAAGCGGAGAGGUGGUGGAAGAGAUCCACCAAGUUGGGCUGGAGCUUCAUCAGCGCGAGCUCGCCGCUCUAGAUGCGGAGAUGAUGCAUCACAUCAGCCUGCGCUGCUUCAACGACAUGCGCACAAUUCUACUCGUGCACGACAAACGCAUGCUUGGCAUCAUCCAGCAGGAGCUGUUGCCCAUGGUGCGUCGUGGCGUACUGACAGUGGAUCAGGCGCAGGCGCUUGCCAAGGGAAUCGCCGACACGGCCCUACCCGGCUCGGCGUACAUGGGGGAUUUGCUCCGCCAGUCUCAGGCCAAUCCGAGCCUGAAGGAUGAAUAUUUGCUCAAGCCUAUCCGUGGAGGCAAGGGAGCGGGGAUCGUGUUUGGCGAGGACCUUGGCGCCGACCAGUGGCAGGCUGCGCUGCGAGACCUGCAGAGUCCCAAGCUGAAUCCUGCGGGUGCGAGCUAUGUGGCACAGCGCAAGGUUCUGCAGCACAACUAUGACCUGGUGCUAAAGGGAUGUGGAAAGAUCCUGACGCAGCCUCUGGUUGGAACAUACCACACCGUGCAUGGUGCGUACCUCGGCAUCGGCACCUGGCGGAGCAGCGGUGGUCGAAUUUGCGCGGUGAGCAGCGGAGGUGCCUGGAUCUGCUCCGUGAUUAGCCCUCAUUAA